AUGGCGGAGCAAGCGCGGGAGGUGCCCAGCGAUGGAACGCCUUCGCAGUCCUCUCGCAUUUCCCGAAAGAGGCCGCGCGAUGACCUCUCCUUGCUCUGUGAGCUGCCACCGGCGGAAGCCGAGAUCGUUUCCCUAGCGCUGGACCAGUGGGGACGACUUCGACAGCGGGUGAAGUCACUGGAGCCCACGCUGCGGCGCGAGUCGGCCCUGGUCCAGGAGAUACUGGACACUGGCCUCCGGGACGAGAACCGCCGAACACUGCGGAAGCUGACGCAGAGCAGCGGCGGCGGAGAUGUGGAAGAGACGAUCCAGCAGGUCGGGAAAGCCAUCGGCGCCAACCGCGAGAGGCUGGAGAGGAUUCUGGAGAGAAACCACGGCGAAUUGGUCCGGCUCUCUACAACCACCGUGCCUGACACCAAAGAGGAUGUUCUGCGCGAGGUGGAUGAAGUCCUGGCCCGCCUGAAGCAAGCCCUGUCUGCGGUCAAAGCCAAGCUCCUCCGGGCGAAGGAGCAUUGGGAUAUGACGGAGGUUCGUCGCACCGGCCGAUCCUUCAACGACCUCAAGGGAUUGGUCCGACGCCUGGACGAAGAGAGGAGGCUCAUCACACGGAACUCCGCACUGGCAGCGCUGCUUGUGACCGUGUGUCGCAGAGUGCUGCCGGUGAGGCAGGUGGAUCCCAGCACCUUGCGAGAUAUCGAGCCUUCCCUGGAGGGGUACAGGCGUAUCAUGGAUUUCUACUUCUUCACCGAUGCUGCUUUGUAUUUCUUUGGCGACUACCCGUCGGGUCCAAAUUGGUUCGUACGGCUGAAGCGGAACAUUGCCAUUUUGCGCGUGUCCGACAGAGCCGGCCGAGUGGUGUACAACAGCUUCGCCGUCAGCGGCGAGCAUCGAGCUCCUGGGGCCCCCUUGGCUCCAGAUGCUGGUCCUCUGCUGUCCGUGGAGGCGAAGGACGAGCACGGCCGGAUGUUCAAUCGACAGCACGACGCCGAGUUCAAGCUCCUCAGCGGCUUCUGCCAAGUGGCGGCCGGCUUCGCCGACGGCCCCUCGGAAGGAAAAGUCAGUGCCUGGGAAGGCACCGGGACGUUGUGGUCCAGGAAGCCGCUGUGCACCAGCUGCUGGGGAGCCGUGUCGCAGGUAAAAGCGAUGUUUCCCAAGCUGGUGCUGACUGUGUCUGUCGGCUCCAAAAACUCGAAGCCUUGGCCCGACAACAUGCGCUAUCCUCCGGAUGCAGAUGGCCCGGCGGAG